ACCGUGCCGGACCCUUUAAUCACACAGAAUAUGCCUACGCGUUAAAACUGACUCUACUCGCCGGAAUCCCAACUAUAAUAAAAACCCGCCAAACGACACAACUAACUAACGUUGCCUCUGUCGUUUCCACUUAAAUAAUAUCCGACGACUCCAACAAUACUCACCACCAUGGCGGCGACGGCGAUGUUCUCUUCUUCUCUCUUUCUAACCACCCCUCUUAACAAAUCACCAUCUCAAUUCCUUCGUCCUCUUUCAUUUCGUCCACCACUUUCCAGGAUUCGUGCAUCUGUAUUACAAGAUAAAGAAGAGAAAGUUAUUCUACAAGACACUUUCCCUUCCAAAACCUCUCCUUUGGAUUCAGUUAAUGGGAAUUCAAGUAAUGAUAAUACUCCAUCUCCUAGUGCUUGGGAAAAAAGGGUUAUCAAGGUUGAACAAUCAGUCAAUAUCUUUCUCACGGACUCUGUCAUAAAGAUACUUGAUGCUUUGUACCGUGAUAGAAAUUAUGCAAGGUUUUUUGUGCUUGAAACUAUUGCUAGGGUCCCUUAUUUUGCUUUUAUGUCAAUUCUCCACAUGUAUGAGAGUUUUGGCUGGUGGAGACGGGCGGACUAUCUGAAAGUGCAUUUUGCCGAGAGCUGGAACGAAAUGCAUCAUUUGCUUAUCAUGGAAGAACUUGGAGGGAAUGCUUGGUGGUUUGACCGGUUCCUUGCUCAACAUAUUGCAAUAUUUUAUUAUUUCAUGACAGCUUUAAUGUAUGCAAUAAGCCCAAGAAUGGCAUAUCACUUUUCUGAAUGUGUAGAGAGUCAUGCAUUUGAAACUUACGACAAAUUUAUCAAGGAAGAAGGAGAGGAAUUGAAAAAAAUGCCUGCUCCUGAGGUUGCUGUGAAUUACUAUAUGGGAGGUGACAUGUAUUUAUUUGAUGAAUUUCAAACCUCCAGAGUUCCAAAUACUAGAAGGCCAACUAUAGAGAAUCUGUACGAUGUAUUUGUAAACAUCAGAGAUGAUGAAGCUGAACAUUGCAAGACAAUGAAGGCUUGUCAAACUCACGGGAACCUCCGGUCGCCUCAUUCAUAUGCAGAAGCAGAGGAUGACGAUGAAUCAGUCUGUACAAUUGAAACAGAUUGUGAAGGAAUUGUUGACUGUAUAAAGAAAUCUGUUACUUCUAAUCCAGCUAAGGUAACGAAGUAAGAUAUCCAGUACGAUGCAUAAUACAUUCAUUCAUAAAUAGAAGAAAACAAAAAGGAUACGAGGCAGAUUCCUCUAUAGUAAGGUAUAGAAAUAAUGAUUAGAGUUAGUAAAUAGUUGAAAUUUGGAUGAGAUUCCUCCAAAGUGAGGGUGUAACAGCAUUUUUUUCCCAAAUUUUAUUGGAUUAUGUAUAUGCUUUAAAUUAAAGCAACAGUGACUAUAUUUGUAUUUACUUACUUCAAAAAGUAAAUAUAUUUUUAAAGAGCAUUUUUUCUUGAAA